GAAGCCGGAAACAGCGGGCUGGGGCAGCCACUGCUUACACUGAAGAGGGAGGACGGGAGAGGAGAGUGUGUGUGUGUGUGUGUGUGUGUGUAUAUGUAUGUGUGUGUUUUAUCUUAUUUUUAUUUUUGGUGGUGGUGGUGGAAGGGGGGAGGUGCUAGCAGGGCCAGCCUUGAACUCGCUGGACAGAGCUACAGACCUAUGGGGCCUGGAAGUGCCCGCUGAGAAAGGGAGAAGACAACAGAGGGGUUGCCAAGGUGAGGGGUUGCCUCCGAGGUGGGUGCGGGGGCCUCUAUGAGUGCAUGGGGGUGGAUUCGUGGGGGGAGCUUUCGGGAUCCUCCCCUGGCUGGGUGGAUGGUCUCCAAGAGAUGGUUUCAGCUAGUGUUGGUGGCUGGUGGCACUGGGUUUUGGCAGUCUCGAACUUCUGGAGGAAUCUGGGAGGGUCCAGGCCUCACUACUCCCCUCCCCCAUGGGUCACGUUUUCACAGCCUCACCCCUGCACCCCCAGGGCCAUGGAAAGUCAGGGAAAGGAGGUGAAGGAGUGCCCCUCUGCCCUGGGUCGGGGGAAGUGGCCGCCCCUCCCUGGAAGGUUGAUGCCAGAGGGCAGUGGAUCCUUGUUAAACCCCUAUCCUGCCCUCCGCUAAGGUUCCUGUUCAAGGGUGUGGCUGGGGGAUGAGCGAGCCCCAGAUGUAGACCUCAUGGUGGCCCAGAGGAGGGGGAAUUUCCCCCUCAAAACUGCUCCACGCUUGGCUGCUGUAGACGCUGAGAUUUCCCAGCGGCGGCGCCGAGUUAACCCUCCUCGUGCUGAACUGGCUCCACCUCCCCGCCCGCCCCCACCGCCACAUCCACACAUUGGGCAACUCAGAGAAGCUGUUUUAACUUUCGAUCCUGUGGUCCCACAGUCAGAGGACUCGGGGAGGUAGGGGUUGAGAUAAGCGAGUUUAGGCCACCAAGCGGGAGGACGAGGAUCCCAGACCUUGAGCUUCCCUUCUGGGUUUGGGAGGGAACACUGGCUCCGCCCCUCACUCCGUGGCUCCUCCCUCCCUUCCCCUUCAUGGGGCUGAAGACAAAAGGUGCCCCUGUCCUGGUCAAGCCAAUCGACCCAGCCUUCUUAUGGGUUGGGGUGGGGAGAAAUGUGUCCUCCUGAUGUCUGGGGAAGAAGAGGGGUUGGAUAUUUCUAGCCAGGGCCAUGCCAGGAGGCUAGUCACUCUGCAAGGGGAUGCAGAGGAAAGCAGUGCCCACCCACUCCAGAGGGCCUUUCUCUCUUGGGCUAGAGAAAGGCCUAUUGGAGGAACCUGAGCAGGAGGGGUAAGGAUUCUGCCUUGAGGGGAAAGGAGCUGGGGUAAGUGGGAACUGGAGGAAAGAGGGGCAUGAAGGUCUUGGAGCAGGAACGUCCAGAGAAGGAACCUCUCCAUUUUCCAUCCCUUUGAGAGUCCUGGGAGAGGCAACCUCCAAGUCCCAGAUCAUGUCUCUGUGGGGUCUGGUCUCCAAGAUGCCCCCAGAAAAAGUGCAGCGGCUCUAUGUCGACUUUCCCCAACACCUGCGGCAUCUUCUGGGUGACUGGCUGGAGAGCCAGCCCUGGGAGUUCCUGGUUGGCUCCGACGCCUUCUGCUGCAACUUGGCUAGUGCCCUACUUUCAGACACUGUCCAGCGCCUUCAGGCCUCGGCGGGAGAGCAGGGGGAGGGGAGCACCAUCUUGCAACACAUCAGCACCCUUGAGAGCAUAUAUCAGAGGGACCCCCUGAAGCUGGUGGCCACUUUCAGACAAAUACUUCAAGGAGAGAAAAAAGUUGUUAUGGAACAGUUCCGCCACUUGCCAAUGCCUUUCCACUGGAAGCAGGAAGAACUCAAGUUUAAGACAGCCCUGCGGAGGCUGCAGCACCGAGUAGGGGAGAUCCACCUUCUCCGAGAAGCCCUGCAGAAGGGGGCUGAGGCUGGCCAAGUGUCUCUGCACAGCUUGAUAGAAACUCCUGCUAAUGGGACUGGGCCAAGUGAGGCCCUGGCCAUGCUACUGCAGGAGACCACUGGAGAGCUAGAGGCAGCCAAAGCCCUAGUGCUGAAGAGGAUCCAGAUUUGGAAACGGCAGCAGCAGCUGGCAGGGAAUGGCGCACCCUUUGAGGAGAGCCUGGCCCCACUCCAGGAAAGGUGUGAGAGCCUGGUGGACAUUUAUUCCCAGCUACAGCAGGAGGUAGGGGCGGCUGGUGGGGAGCUUGAGCCCAAGACCCGGGCAUUGCUGAUUGGCCGGCUGGAUGAAGUCCUGCGAACCCUCGUCACCAGUUGCUUCCUGGUGGAGAAGCAGCCCCCCCAGGUACUGAAGACUCAGACCAAGUUCCAGGCUGGAGUUCGAUUCCUGUUGGGCUUGAGGUUCCUGGGGGCCCCAGCCAAGCCUCCGCUGGUCAGGGCUGACAUGGUGACAGAGAAGCAGGCGAGGGAGCUGAGUGUGCCUCAGCGUCCUGGGGCUGGAGCAGAAAGCACUGGAGAAAUCAUCAACAACACUGUGCCCUUGGAGAACAGCAUUCCUGGUAACUGCUGCUCUGCCCUGUUCAAGAACCUGCUUCUCAAGAAGAUCAAGCGGUGUGAGCGGAAGGGCACUGAGUCUGUCACAGAGGAGAAGUGUGCUGUGCUCUUCUCUGCCAGCUUCACACUUGGCCCCGGCAAACUCCCCAUCCAGCUCCAGGCCCUGUCUCUGCCCCUGGUGGUCAUCGUCCAUGGCAACCAAGACAACAAUGCCAAAGCCACCAUCCUGUGGGACAAUGCCUUCUCUGAGAUGGACCGCGUGCCCUUUGUGGUGGCUGAGCGGGUGCCCUGGGAAAAGAUGUGUGAAACUCUGAACCUGAAGUUCAUGGCUGAGGUGGGGACCAACCGGGGGCUGCUCCCAGAGCACUUCCUCUUCCUGGCCCAGAAGAUCUUCAAUGACAACAGCCUCAGCAUGGAGGCCUUCCAGCACCGUUCUGUGUCCUGGUCGCAGUUCAACAAGGAGAUCCUGCUGGGCCGUGGCUUCACCUUUUGGCAGUGGUUUGAUGGUGUCCUGGACCUCACCAAACGCUGUCUCCGGAGCUACUGGUCUGACCGGCUGAUCAUUGGCUUCAUCAGCAAACAGUACGUUACUAGCCUUCUUCUCAAUGAGCCCGACGGAACCUUUCUCCUCCGCUUCAGCGACUCAGAGAUUGGGGGCAUCACCAUUGCCCAUGUCAUCCGGGGCCAGGACGGCUCUCCACAGAUAGAGAACAUCCAGCCAUUCUCUGCCAAAGACCUGUCCAUUCGCUCACUGGGGGACCGAAUCCGGGAUCUUGCUCAGCUCAAAAACCUCUAUCCCAAGAAGCCCAAGGAUGAGGCUUUCCGGAGCCACUACAAGCCUGAACAGAUGGGUAAGGAUGGCAGGGGUUAUGUCCCAGCUACCAUCAAGAUGACCGUGGAAAGGGACCAACCACUUCCUACCCCAGAGCUCCAGAUGCCUACCAUGGUGCCUUCUUAUGACCUUGGAAUGGCCCCUGAUUCCUCCAUGAGCAUGCAGCUUGGCCCAGAUAUGGUGCCCCAGGUGUACCCACCACACUCUCACUCCAUCCCCCCGUAUCAAGGCCUCUCCCCAGAAGAAUCAGUCAACGUGUUGUCAGCCUUCCAGGAGCCUCACCUGCAGAUGCCCCCCAGCCUGGGCCAGAUGAGCCUGCCCUUUGACCAGCCUCACCCCCAGGGCCUGCUGCCGUGCCAGCCUCAGGAGCAUGCUGUGUCCAGCCCUGACCCCCUGCUCUGCUCAGAUGUGACCAUGGUGGAAGACAGCUGCCUGAGCCAGCCAGUGACAGCGUUUCCUCAGGGCACUUGGAUUGGUGAAGACAUAUUCCCUCCUCUGCUGCCUCCCACUGAACAGGACCUCACUAAGCUUCUCCUGGAGGGGCAAGGGGAGUCAGGGGGAGGGUCCUUGGGGGCCCAGCCCCUCCUGCAGCCCUCCCACUAUGGGCAAUCUGGGAUCUCAAUGUCCCACAUGGACCUAAGGGCCAACCCCAGUUGGUGAUCCCAGCUGGAGGGAAAACCCAGAGAGACAGCUCUUCUACUACCCCCACAGACCUGCUCUGGACACUUGCUCAUGCCCUGCCAAGCAGCAGAUGGGGAGGGUGCCCUCCUAUCCCCACCUACUCCUGGGUCAGGAGGAAAAGACUACCAGGAGAAUGCACAGUGGGUGGAGCCAAUCCACUCCUUCCUUCCUAUCAUUCCCCUGCCCACCUCCUUCCAGCACUGACUGGAAGGGAAGUUCAGGCUCUGAGACACGCCCCAACAUGCCUGCACCUGCAGCGCGCACACGCACGCACACACACAAACAGAGCUCUCUGAGGGUGAUGGGGCUGAGCAGGAGGGGGGCUGGGUAAGAGCACAGGUUAGGGCAUGGAAGGUUUCUCUGCCCAUUCUGACCCAGGGCCUAGGACGGAUAGGCAGGAACAGACAGACACAUUUACACUAGAGGCCAGGGAUAGAGGAUAUUGGGUCUCAGCCCUGGGGGAAUGGGAAGCAGCUCAAGGGACCCUGGGUGGGAGCACAGGAGGGGUCUGGACAUGUGGUUACUAAUACAAGUUUUGCCCUGAUUAAAAAAUCUCCCAAAGCCCCAAAUUCCUGUUAGCCAGGUGGAGGCUUCUGAUACGUGUAUGAGACUAUGCAAAAGUACAAGGGCUGAGUUUCUUUGUGUAUAGCUGUGUGAACGUGUAUGUACCUAGGAUAUGUUAAUGUAUAGCUGGCACGUUAGUUGCAUGACCACAUAGAACAUGUGUCUAUCUGCUUUUGCCUAUGUGACAACACAAAUUUGGGAGUGUGAGACAUUGCACAGAAGACAGCAGCAAGUGUGCUGGCCUCUCUGACAUAUGCUAACCCCCAAAUACUCUGAAUUUGGAGUCUGACUGUGCCCAAGUGCGUCCAAGUGGCUGUGACAUCUAUGUAUGGCUCCACACCUCCAAUGCUGCCUGGGAGCCAGGGUGAGAGUCUGGGUCCAGGCCUGGCCAUGUGGCCCUCCAGUGUAUGAGAGGGCCCUGCCUGCUGCAUCUUUUCUGUUGCCCUAUCCACUGCCAGCUUCCCUUCACUCCCCCAUCCCUUGCCACCCUUUCUCCCUCUCGAGGCAGGGGUCAUAGAUCCUAAGCCAUAAAAUAAAUUUUAUUCCAAAAUAACAAAAUAAA